AUGCGACCGGUGUCUGGCAUUGUCCGGAAACAUCAAUGGUAUCCAGAGGAUUCCUCGGGAAGUGACGAUGAUGCGGUGAAGGAUUCGUCGCUAACGGCCUCUCCGAGCGAUCGGAAAGGUCGCAGGCAGGGCAUCUUCGCCGACCGCUCCUUCUGGCGCCGCGCCAGGCAGAUCGCCUGUUUCGAGUACACCUGCGAGCGGCUUCGCAAUCAUGUCAACACCUUCUGGAAGGAACGGCUGGCGGACAAGCUAGACGGGCUCGAACGUGCGCGAAUGGUAUCAAAAGAGAUUUUCCUGAUCGUUUGCCGCUUUCGGGGCCUGCAGGAGGCGGUGAAUCGACAGUGCGAGCUUCUGGCCUUCCGCAGGGCGCUGCGUGACCGCCGAGAGGCUGAGGCCGCGCUGACCACGAAGCUGCACCGACAAUUCCGGGCCGGUGAAAACGGGCCUCACGCCUUCUGGAGCAUCUACCACAAGGAAGAUAGCAAGUGGAUGCUCCCAGCACCGUCUUCAAUGCCGGGCCAGCAAGAAGAGAGCGAGCUCUACAGGGCUGCCUACAACAGGCAGCUUCCGGAUGCAAAGCUCGUCACCAACGUGGGAGCGCAGGAGUCCGAGUCGACCAUCGGCCACAGUGCGCUGAAGUCAAAGCGCUCGCAGGCAGCGCGAAAGGUCAUCCAGCAUCGCCGGGACAUCAACCAGAAGCGCCUCCCCAUUGUGAACGAGGUGUCGCACAAGCCUCGAGCACAAAUUCCAGAGGCGGAUGAUGUGGAUCUCGAUUCGCGCCCCGCGACUCGCCAGGAGCGGGGGUACUUCGACCUGGGCCGAUUUCUGGAACCUUCGCGGCGUGCGUCGAAGCGUCUUAGAGGCCCGCGACCUGGCAGCCGAUCGGUGCCCAUGCUGCCUCAGCUGGGAAGCCGCGAGCGCAGCAGGCAAGGCACCAAAGGCAUGAGCGAGACCGUGAGCUCAGCGACCUCAUCGGGCUCCGGCUGGUGGAAUCCUGGAGAGUCCAAACCACAGCGCCGUGUCAUGACGCCCUUGCCGGAGGACGAGGAGACUUCCAUGAGCAUCUCCAGGUCUUUACCCAAUCUCGCCCAGCCGGCACUGAGAAUGCCGCCUUUCUCCCUGGAGGCAGUGGCAGAGCCCUUCUUGCAACCUUGGCAGUCGGAGGUUCGCACGCAGACCGGCAAGCGGGAACCCGAAGCAGAAGAAGAUUCUGCGACCAUGCACUACAUCCGAGUUUGCAAUGCGACCGGCGUGGUCCCUACCGCGGCUGUGCUGGACAUGGUUCGCAGCCAUGCGAUCAGCAGCGGAAGUGAGUUUUUGCUGGAUGACGAGCUGCUGGCGAUGUCCACAAUGAUCCGUCAUCUUGACAGGAUCAAAGAGGUCUGUCUGGCCGGAAGCACCCAGCUGAGCGACACGGUCUUGUACACCUUCUUGCAGAAGCUGUUUGGUCGACCAGCAAUGGAUUCCUUGGAGAAGCUGGACCUUGCGCGCUGCCGUGGCGCAGGUCCCAGGGCAACGGCCACCAUUGUGAGCUUGCUUGUGGAAACGCGUGGCCUCUACAAAUUGAGACACCUGGACAUCAGUGGCAUCAAGAUCUCGAGCAACACCUUGACAUCGCUCUGCAGUGCUGUGCACUUGCAUCCGGCCAUUCGAUGUCUCCGACUUCAGGAUACCGGUCUUGGCCAUCAUCCUGCGGCCGCCAGCUGCUUGCAGGACGUCCUCAAUGCGCCAUCGCUGGAGGUUCUGGGCCUCGGUUGGAACAGCUUCUCAGAGGAAGCCCUGCAGUCGCUGGGUGACAUGCUCGCCAGCCACAAGCGUCUACGGGAGCUCCACCUGCCGAAUUGUGACUGCCGAGCGCUGAUUGGAUCCCAGCCUUCCAUGCACGUUUUCCUCGAAGGUUUGGGACGGAACAGCAGCCUGACCAUGCUGGACCUCUCCAUGAAUCGGCUCACAUCGACAAGUGCUCUCAUUUUGGAGGACUCUCUGGCCAAGCACAGCAAACUGCAGGAGCUGUAUGUGGGGCAAAAUCCCUUCGGCGUGCAUGGAUUGAGGUGCCUGCUCCGUUUGCUGGGACAGCCCAGCUGCGGCCUUCGAAUGCUGGAAGCCGUGGGAUGCCAAGGUACCAGCGAUGAGAGCCGCUUCUCCGAGGGCCAUUGUGGCUACCGAGCUAGCGAGCCUUCAGGGCACUACAAGCUGGACCUGUCUCUGUCACACGCCAGAUCCUUGCUGCGGCUUCUCUACAAGACCUGCGAGGCGGUGAAUCUGGACUUCAACCAGGCCUUCCAGCAAUUGGUUGCCGUUCCGUCGCCAGCGUCCCCAGCUGCGUCGAGAUCGCCAGCAAAGUUCCAGCAUCCGACGGGUAAAGACGCAGGAGGUGUUUAUCCAGUGCCGACGGAUGGCAUCCUGUCCUUCUUCUUCUGCUUGAACGAGGCGCUGGCUCACGUGGUUCUCACCCUGGUUCUCACCUUGUGUGGGCUUUGUGGAGGUGCCGGCAUGACAUUCAUAGCCUUCUUUGCUGAAUGGAAUGUAGGUAGCCUGAGUCAAUCCACAUUGAAUCGUGGGCACUAUCCCACGGCAGCCAGAGGUGUACCGGAGAAGUUCCUCUGUGAAUUGGACGAGCAGCCCACGCUUAAGGCGACCAGCGAAGCCAUCCGCAAGGCCACGGUCGGCAAGGAGCUGGUGGCUGUCAUGUGCGGUGGCGAGACGGGGGUCAAAGUCGCAGAUGCCCUUGCAGAGUCCAUGGGCCUUCGUGGCAACAGUACUGCCCAUGGCAUGGAGAAUCGAAGGGACAAGCGAGUCCAGCAAGAAGCUGUCAAAGCGGCUGGGCUUCGAUCUGUUCGCUCGGCAUGUGGUACCAAGUGGAGCGAGGUUGCUGCCUUUGCCUCGCAAGAGGAAUUCCCUAUCAUAGUCAAGCCUGUCGAGUCAGCCGGCUCAGACGGAGUGAAGAAGUGUUGCACCGUCGAGGAGGCACAGGCGCAUUUCGAGUUGCUCAUGAACUCACAGCGCAAGUGCGGUGCUCAGGGCGCUGCGGUGUUGCUACAAGAAUUCCUCAAGGGCACAGAGUACAUCGUCGACAUCGUGUCGAGGAAUGGGGUCCACAAGACGACCAUGGUUUGGGUGUACGAUCGCAGGGCUGCCAAUGGCGGUGACUUCGUCAACUUCGGGCAAAAGUGUGUCCUCGCAGAUGAGCCGAUGGCGAAAUCGCUAAUCGCCUACAGCAAGGGCUGCUUGGACGCGCUGAAGGUAACGAACGGCGCCACGCACACUGAGGUCAUGAUGACGGCGGAGGGACCAUGCCUUGUCGAGGUGAAUAGCAGGUGCCAUGGUGCUGCUGGCGCUUGGAUGCCCCUCGCAGAAGCCCUCACUGGCUACACGCAAGUGGGCGUUUGCGUAGACGCUUUCUUAAACCCCGAGGCCUUUGACCGUUUGCCCGAGGUGCCUCCUUCUCCAUUCCUGAAGGCAGGAGAGAUGGUGAGCCUGAUCUCCUAUCACGAGGGUGUUGUUGACGGCACGCCAGGUUUUGAUACAGUCAGGAGACUGAAGUCCUACGUUUCUCUGGAGGAGAACGUCCAUGUAGGAGACCAUGUACAGAAAACGAUAGAUCUUUUCACUGUCACCGGGAUGGCGGUACUGAUCCAUUCGGAUCCCCAAGUCCUGGAGGCAGAUGUCUCACUCAUCCGGAAGAUGGAGGUCGAAGGUGGCUUGUUUCAUCUUGCGUCUCUUGACAGUUCCCCACACAAGACACUCAGUGAGUCCCUCAGUGGGUCUCUCAAUGUGGUCUUUGGAGCUCUGCCUUGCUUUGAGUUUCUGAUGUCCUCGGCCUGGGGCCUGUGGCCUCAGGCCAAAGCAAGGCUUCGGCGAAAACUCUCCAUUCGCAAGGUCGUGCCACUGCUCGCCCACUUCAGAAGCCUCAAGAGCCGUUCAGAUGAACAGCAGCUGGUGCUCGAUGCGCUGUCGACUGAUUUCACGCUCGAGUAUGAGUUUGUGGCACAGAUCGGCGAGGAUUCGUUCAAUGGCAUUGACGCGAUGGUCAGUCUACUGCCCGGGGUGCACAGGUCGCAGCUACGUCUGUUCUUGGCGCUCACUCACUUGCCACGGCUCCGCGAGUACAUCAAGGUCUACAAGCGCUGUGAAAGGCUUUUGGUCUUCAACGCCGACUGUCCCACUGGGCGCUAUGCACUCAACUUGACCCAGCCAAGCGACUUCGCUGUUGCCGAGAUGCUGAAGAUGCUUGAUGCAUGGGAGUCAGCAGUGGCGAGGGCCAAAGGUCUGGAAGACCGCUCGAAGUACAGCAAUUGGUCGAGCGUCCGCAACUGCAUGCACCAGAGCGCGGUCAUCCGGUCGUUGUCUGAAUGGAUUCUGCCCUGCACGGAGCUCUUGUCCCUGGACUUCGUCACGUGGCGUCGGCCUGCCAAGGACACCAUAGCUUUUCCGGCGGACAGAUGGGACGAGAUGAUGGUGCAGCUCUCGCAGGCGCCUCUGCAGCAGGAGGCCAAAGUCCAUGUCCUGCGGGGCAUUGCCGACCGCGUUUUCCUCUCCGCUGCCCAGUGCCGGCAGCUUGUAGCAGUCUUCGGGGACCGGGCCUUCCGCCUCGAGGUGCUGACGUUCCUCAUUCUGCGUUUGUCGGAUCCGCAAAACAUGAAGAUGGUUGCCUCUCGCGUCGCCCCAGAGGAGUGGGACGAGCUGAGGCUGCGCCUUGGCACCCUGACUCUCUUCCCCUUCAUCCAGCCCGAACAGCAUCGAUUUGCCUUCGACACCAACAUUCCCGAAGAUCGGGUGGCUGCCUGCCUGACCGUGCGGAUGAACAUGAAAGAGUCACCGGGCCGCCUGGGAAACCUGCGGCAGCCCAGGCUUGUUUUGGCGGACAAGACCGAGUUUGCGUUCGAUCGAGGUGUCCCGGCAACAUGGAAAGACCUGCCGACGAUUCCGAGCGGCUUGCUGAGCUGGCAGUACAUGGCAGCUCCGGAGGAUCGAAGCCUCGACAUGAGGGUGGAGAACAUGCUCAAAUACGGGGGCUGGAAUGUUGAGAUCAACAAUUCCAAAGUCAUCUGGUGGGCAGAUGUUCAGGCCGUGCCAGAGGCUGUGAGUACUUUCCUGGUACACGUGAUGCGCCACUUUAAGCACAACCUGCGUGCUGCUUUCCAGAUGAUUGACGGGCCAGAUGGCAACGGCAAGCUUUCGUUGAAAGAGUUCAAGGCUGCCUUCGACAGACUCGGCUGGCGCGAGUUCAAAGACUCGGAGAAGGCUGUGGAGCUCUUCCGAUACCUGGACCCAGAUCGAGGAGGUUCCAUCUCCUGGGAAGAGUGGCAGGUCAUGGAGUACCUCCUCAAGGAACUGCAGCUGGCCAUCUUGGAAUUACUUCAGUACGUUGAUCGAACCUUUGGCAGUGUUGAGGUUGCGUAUGAUUUCUUGGACAAGGACGGUAGCGACACCGUAGACUUUGACGAGUGGUGCCAGGCCCUCAAGUCCAUGGGCUACCAUGGCCCGAGCGACGUGAUCUACAAGUACCUGUGUGCAGAUGCCUCCACAGGGCAGCUGCUGACCCUGUCGCGGCAGCGCUGGGACGAGGUUAAGAUCGUCUGGGGGCGGCGCGAAGCCAUCUACCAGAAGAUUCUCCAAGGGGGAUGA